AUGGCUAGGACCAGAUCAUCGUCGAGCAGAUUGAGGUACUGUAACCCAUCGUAUUACUUGAAGAGGCCGAAACGCUUGGCUUUGCUUUUCAUAGCCUUUGUGUGCGUCACUCUGGUUGUUUGGGAUCGUCAAACUCUCCUCAGAGAGCACGAGGAAGAAGUUUCUAAGUUAAAUGAACAAUUGCACCAUUUGAAAAGUUUGGUGGAAGACUCGGAAAAUGUGCAAGGUGAUGCAACUAAAAAGAACAUAUUCAAGGGCAGGGAUGGUGAGAAAGAGGUUGUUCCAGAUGACCCGAUUGACAUUCAAAGACAAGAAAAACCACAAUCAAAGAAUGGUGUUAAUAGCUUUGGUGGUCUUGGAGCAACAAUAGUAGACUCUCUUGAUACGUUGUAUAUAAUGGGUCUUCAUGAGCAGUUCCAGAAAGCUAGAGAGUGGGUUGCAAACUCUUUGGAUUUUAACAAGGAUUAUGAGGCUAGUGUUUUUGAGACAACCAUAAGAGUUGUAGGUGGCCUUCUCAGUGCAUAUGAUCUUUCAGAAGAUAAAGUUUUCCUUGAUAAGGCUAGAGAUAUUGCAGACAGAUUGCUGCCUGCAUGGGAUACACCUAGUGGAAUCCCUUACAACAUUAUCAACUUGGCACAUGGAAGACCGCACAAUCCUUCUUGGACUGGAGGUGAAAGUAUCUUGGCAGAUUCCGGCACAGAGCAGGUGGAGUUUAUUGCUCUUUCUGAGAGGACAGGAGAUCUGAAAUAUCAGCAGAAGGCUGAGAAUGUUAUAGUGCAGCUUAACAAAACUUUCCCUGAUGAUGGCUUGCUUCCUAUUUAUAUUGACCCAGAAAGAGGAACGUCAGCGUACUCCGUUAUAACCUUUGGCGCUAUGGGUGACAGCUUCUAUGAAUAUUUACUCAAAGUUUGGAUACAGGGGAAUAGAACUACAGCUGUAAAGCCUUAUAGAGAUAUGUGGGAGACAUCAAUGAAAGGUCUGUUGAGCUUGAUCCGGAAAACAACACCAUCAUCUUUUACAUAUAUAUGUGAGAAGAAUGGGAGAACUCUGACAAAUAAGAUGGACGAACUAGCGUGCUUUGCUCCAGGAAUGCUGGCUUUAGGAUCAUCUGGUUAUGGUCCUGAGGACUCUAAGAAAUUCUUGUCACUUGCAGAAGAGCUUGCUUGGACAUGCUAUAAUUUCUACCAGUCUACACCAACAAAAUUAGCUGGAGAGAACUAUUUCUUUCGUGCUGGCGAGGUUAACACUGGUGACAAAGACAAUAUGAUGCAAAGCUUCUUUCUUGCGGAGACUCUCAAAUAUCUCUAUCUUCUUUUUUCACCCUCCUCAGUCAUCUCACUAGAUGAAUGGGUUUUCAACACGGAAGCUCACCCACUAAGAAUUGUGGCAAGGCAUGAUGAAGCAAAUUCUGGAAGAGCAAAGGGGGAUGAUAGACCAAAGAUUAGAUUGCGUGGCAGGAAGGAGGGCCGAUCACGAGAUUAA